CUGAAAUCACGUACAAAAGAAAAAAAUAUACUCCGAUCCAUAUUUUGGUUGAACUAUUCUUAUUUUAAUUAAUAAUAAGUGGUGUCAAUCGAUCAAAGAAUUGAUCGAAUGGAUUCAUUCAACGCCAUGCCCUCCAUUCCGGUAGGAGCUUGCGGCACAACUGCUGCAGCUAUUCUAAUAUUGUCAACCACCCUUCUUCUUUGCCGCACUUUAUUUAAAAAAGGGUCAAGGCAAAAACUACCGCCACCGGAGGUCGGCGGCGCAUGGCCUAUAAUCGGUCAUCUCCGCCUCCUCAUCGUCGACCCUCGACCACUUCACCUAGUCCUGGGUGACCUGGCGGACAAAUACGGGCCCAUGUUCCAAAUGAGGCUCGGGGCACAGAAAGUUUUGGUCGUGAGUGACUCACAGAUUGCAAAAGAAAUCUUCACCGUAAAAGACCGCGCCUUCGGCGGCCGGCCGGCGAGCAUAGCUAUGGAGGUCUUGGGGUACAACUACGCCAUCUAUAUUUUCAGCCCGGACCUCGCAUACUGGCGUGAUCUCCGGAAGGUGGUAAUGGUAGAGCUACUGUCCACCCACCGCCUUAAUGGGCUGAGGCAUUUCUGGGAGUCAGGGCUUACGUCACUCACGGAAGACAUCUACCGCACUUGGCUGCGGGAGACGAUCUAUUCGAGAGCAUCCCAAAAUCCUGGAUCCGCCUUUGCUCGGCCGGAAAACACCGAGGAAUACGUGAAGGUUGAGAUGAUAGAUUUAAUCAGUAGACACUUACUGGACAUACUGACACGGAUGUUGUUCGGGCAGCCGUCCGGGGAAGAAGGGAGUAAGACGGGAGCGAAAUUGAGGAAAUUCUUUGAUUUGUUGGCAGUGCCAAUGGUGGGUGACGCUGUUCCAUGGCUGAGAUGGUUGGACAUUGGAGGGCACGAGAAAGCCAUGAGGGAGACGGCCAGAGAGUUGGACGAAAUGGUGGAAGGCUGGCUUCAACAGCACAAAAUGAAAAGACAGCAGAAUCAGUCUAAGGGUAGUGAAGAAGAAGUCAAAGACUUCAUGGAUGCACUCAUUACUCGUUUUGAGAGUGAAAAGGAUUCUAUACAAUCAGAUUGUGACACCGACACCAUUGUCAAAUCUACUUGCUUGGCUAUCCUGGCAGGAGCUAGUGAUACAACAACGAUAACAUUAGUUUGGGCAAUAUCUUUACUAUUAAACCAUGAGAGCUGCUUAGAAAAGGUGAAAGCGGAGGUAGACAUGCAAGUGGGUAGAGAAAGGAACGUCAACCCCUCCGACCUAAACAACUUGACAUAUCUGCAUGCUGUCAUCAAAGAAACCCUACGUUUAUAUCCAGCGGGCCCUCUUUCACUGCCACACGAGGCCGUAGAAGAUUGCACGGUCAAUGGCUACGAUGUCUCGAAAGGCACCCGUUUGUUGGUGAAUCUCCCAAAGAUGCACAGAGACCCGAACAUUUGGAAGGACUCGAUCGAGUUUAGGCCGGAGAGGUUCUUGGAUGAGAAAAAGGACACAGGUGUGAAGGGGAACCAUUUUGAGCUACUCCCUUUUGGGAGUGGGAGGAGGGUGUGUCAAGGGAUGUCAUUGGCUCAACAGGUUGUUGGGUUGGGGAUGGCUAAGCUUGUCCAUGGUUUUCACCUGAAAAGGGUUUCAGAAGAGGCGGUCGACAUGACGGAGUGUAGCGCCACAUUAACAAGCAUGAAGGCUACUCCGCUCCAUGUUCUCCUUUCUCCUCGCCUACCUUCACAUCUUUAUCAAAGCUAGUUAGCUAGCUGCGGUCGUCAGCUAGCUAACAAGCCUAUAAAACUACGCUGUAUUUGAGUUGUUGAUUGCACACUUUUGCGUCCUUUGUUUAUUUCUCCUCCCUGGCUCGCU